AUGGCUGCGAGAAGGAGAGAUAGAGAUGUAAAUUGGAGCCCAGAAGCUGAAGAGCAACUGCUUAGACGUCUAGGUGAGUUCAAUUUAUUGAACUCCGCCGGUACCACUCCGAACCGAGAGAAAUUCACACAAUGGACAACGGAGCUAAGUCACCAUUUCAGCGUCCCACUUGGUUGGGAUAAAGUUAAACAAAAAACUGCUAGGUUGAAAAAAACGUUCGAAGCAGAGUUCCUACUUCGGACUGCUACUGGCAUUGGUUGGGAUCCAAUUGAGAAGCAACCAACGUGCACCGAUCAAUAUUGGCAACAAUUUAGCCAUCCGGAGGUCGAAAGGGCUAGAAGGAAGCCGUUACCGGAUUAUGAUUUGUAUUUCUGUGCAUUUGUGAAUUCACGUGCAACCGGCGUAAAUGAGUACGGCCAAGAUGAAACCCCUAUAACUCCCCCACAUCCCCCAGAGCUAAUCUCAGGUAGCCCAAUUGACAUUGAUGGCGGGUCCCAACGCUACAAUGAUACGGGCGAUACUUCAUAUACAGAAAUGAGGCAUGGUGUAAGCGCUGGUGGUCGAACCCCACAUGUUGCGUCACAGUCCCGUUUAAAUAAUAAAUGGUCAGCAAGAAACAGUCAGACACGCGUGCCAAACUUCAUGGAGCGUGUAGUGGAUCGCCUUGUAUCAUCUAUUGAGGACCACGGUUGUAAGCGUGGUAAAAGUUCUGCCACCCCUCAGUCGGUUGAGAAGGAGACAUUCCAGGACAAGUGCAUUGAUUUCCUUGGAGAGUUGGACAUACCUCAGGAUCAAUAUCUUUUCAUGUUCAACUAUUUGAAUGCUCAUGCUACACUGCAUCGGCCGUUUUUGCGAAUGAAGGAGCAUCAUCGCUUGGCUUGGAUCCAACAGACCAUGGAGCAACAUGCAAAUCAGCAAGUGCCGCCUCCACCGCCAACCUUUACGCCUGGAUCACAGUAUCCCUUUCAGUCUAGCCAUCUAAUGAACUAG